UAGCCCUUCUCCCAAGGUGCUCUCUAGUCAUUAUCUCUCCUGCUUAUUUAGUGUGAAAUGGAAUCUCAGCGAACAAAUUAAAAUUAAUAUUUGCUUACAUAUCCAACCGUUGAUUUCUUAGUGUCUGUGUCCCUCCUCUACAAAUAACUAGCUCCCUUCUUCCCUUUAUUCAUCUCUCUCCUUUCUUCUUUCGUCUUUCUUCUUCAUCUCCCCUCCAAAAUAAAAAUAUGACAGCAGACACGAAGAAAUCCCCAGAAAUCCCAGAUUGUUACUAUCCAAACAGUCCCUUAUUAAUCACCCCAGAUCUUCCAACUCCAAAACACUCACUUUAUCUCUCUAAUCUUGAUGAUCAAAACUUCUUAAGAUUCUCCAUUAAGUACCUUUACUUGUACGAGAAAGGCAUCUGUAUCGAAAAUUUAAAACAAUCUCUGUCCAAAAUCCUAACUGAGUACUACCCUUUAGCUGGGAGGUUGAGAGCUACUGAUGAAAGUGAUGAUCAAUGUCAAAAGCUUGAAGUUGAUUGUAAUGGUGAAGGUGCUCUGUUUGCUGAAGCUUUUAUUGAUUUAUCUGUUUCUGACUUCUUAGAGUUUUCUGGUAAGCCAAACAAUUCUUGGAGGAAGCUUCUUUACAAAGUUGAUGCUCUUAGCUUCUUGGAUGUUCCUCCACUUGUUGUUCAGGUAACUAAUCUCAUGUGUGGUGGAAUGAUCUUGUGCACAGCCAUUAAUCAUUGCCUAUGUGAUGGCAUUGGCACAUCACAAUUUCUCAACGCAUGGGCCCACGUCACUUCCAAACCAAAUUCCGAGCCACUAGUGAAGUCAUUCCACAGCCGACACGUGUUGAAACCCAGAUGCCCACCACAAAUUACCUUUACCCACUCUGUAUUUGCAAACUUUACCCCUGAGAUAGGUGGAAUUAGCCAUUUUGCCCUCAACAAAUAUUUGCAAUCUCAACCUCUUGUUGCCACAUCUAUAACAUUUAACCCCUCUCAAAUCCUAACCUUAAAAAGAAAAAUCAUUCCAUCAAAAAAAUGUACCACAUUUGAAGCCCUUGCGUCUCACACGUGGCAAGCUUGGGUUCGAUCAUUGAAUUUGUCACAAUUGCUCAUUGUUAAGCUCCUUUUCUCUGUUAACAUUAGAAAAAGAGUUAAGCCAGAGUUGCCACAAGGUUAUUACGGUAACGGAUUCGUGCUUGGGUGUGCUGAAACGACGGUAAAAGAUUUGGUCACCAACAACUUGUGCCAUGGGGUAAAGUUGGUGCAACAAGCUAAGUCUUGCUUAAAUGAUGAUUACAUAAGGUCCAUGGUAGAUCUGUUAGAGGAUAAAAAGAUUAAAACCGACUUAUCUGCGACAUUAGUGAUUUCUCAAUGGUCUAGAUUCGGCAUAGAAGAUUUGGAUUUUGGGUCAGGAAAACCGCUACAAAUGGGUCCCGUAGCCAGUGAUAUAUAUUGUUUAUUUCUACCGGUAGUCAAUGAUCCUGAAUCUAUGAGAGUACUUGUAUCGUUGCCCCCCAAAAUUGCUGAAAAGUUUGAGUUUUACAUGACUCAAUUUUUAGACUGUGAUCACUCAAAUGACCAUCAUGACGAAGAAGAUAGGAUAACAUAUUGAAAUUGUACAUUGUACCACCUACCAUUUCCUCCUCUAGCCUUGUACUACUUAUUACAUUAAGUGAGUAAUAAGCUAAGGUUGCAUUGUAAGUGGAAGCACCUUUGUUACCCUCUUGCUCCUUAUAUAGAGUGUGAAAUGACAAAAAAAAUUUAGUCUC